AUGAUGGACACGGUGCUGAACCUGGGUCUCAACGACCAGACGGUGGCGGCCUUGGCCGAGCGGUCUGGGGACCGGCGCUUUGCCUACGACAGCUACCGACGCUUCGUGCAGAUGUACUCGGAUGUGGUGCUGGGCAUCGAGCUCAGCCACUUCGAGAAGCUCCUGGAGCGCGCGAAGCAGCGCCGGGGCGUGAAGCAGGACCACGAGCUGCUGGCGGAAGAUUUGGAGAACCUGGUGAUGGACUACAAAGCCCGAGUGCAUGUGGAGAUCGGCAUGGACUUCCCCGAGGGCCCUCACGAGCAGCUCUGGGGCGCCAUCGGAGCCGUUUUCAAUUCUUGGAUGAACCAACGUGCUAAGACCUACCGGCAGCUGCACGACAUCCCGGAGGCUUGGGGCACUGCGGUGAACGUGCAGGCAAUGGUCUUCGGGAACAUGGGCAGCGACUGUGCCACCGGCGUUGCCUUUACCCGCAACCCCUCCAACGGCACCAACGACUUCUACGGCGAGUUCCUGGUGAAUGCCCAAGGCGAAGAUGUGGUGGCUGGCAUCCGGACCCCACAGGAGCUGACCAUCAAGGCCCGCAAGUCUCAUGGAUCCGACUUGCCAAGCCUGGAAGAAGUGAUGCCCAACAUCUUCCGCGAGCUUUGCACCGUGCGCCAGCAACUGGAGACUCACUACAAAGACAUCGCAGGACAUUGA